UGCCUGCCUCGCUCGCUUGCUUGCUCCGCGGCUGAGAGAGAGAGAGAGAAAGAGAGACAUCGAGAGAAAAUCCCUGUCUAGGCAUGGACCUCCGGCUGCAGCACUCGGCAGCUCGUGAGGAAUGACAACACUUCACAUGGUCAUUAACUCCAGUCGCUGAGGCUGAAGGGAGAGCUGUAUUGUAGCUCAGUGUCACAGAAGCACCGGGUGCCUCCUAUGUACGGGACAGCAGACAGACAGAGGCACACAGCAGAGCUACGGGACACAGUGAAAUGAGAUCACUGACAGAAAGUGCCUUGUGAGACGACAUCCCUUCUUGAUGAUCCCUGGGCGUUUCUGAAGAGCUUCAGAUUUCUCCCUCUGCAGUCGUGACAGGAUAUAGCUCAGCUGCAAACACCGCUAACCCUUUGGGUUAUUCUUACCUGUGCUCAGAGAGAAGAAACCCCAAGUGAAGAGGUGGAGCUACUGCACUGCUGGCCAAGGUGCCAAAGCUCAGAGAGAGUAGGUAUUGAAGACUUUUAAAUAAUAGAAAGCCACAAACGUUGUGUUGUCCUAAACUGUGCCAUCGCACCUCAAAAUAGCACCACUUCUGCUCUCCAACAGCCACCCUUGAACAGAUAUCAUCUUUUAUACAAAGGACAUUUUUGGGACAUUGGUACAACCGGUAGAGAUUGUUUCCGAGCAUGCCCCCUCUGCAUCGUCAGAGGUCUGCACCUGAGACUUACUGAUUGAUGAACAAUUAGCUGUUUGACUGACAAACUCAUCAACAGCAGUGCAGUCCCAUGCUCCGAUCACAGAGACUUUGCCAGUCCAUUACCUCCACUUUCUUGUCCACAAGGACAAACCUCAUCCACUGACCUGAGGCAGAUCACUUAUAUCUACAUGUUCCAUUAGUUUUAGUUGUUGUGGGUUUUAUUUUUUUUUAUUGGAACACUGAAACACCUCCUCAGAGGAUAAUCUCCUCCUUAAACCAAGUGGCUCCACUCCACCCCAGCUCCACAGCCAGCACUGCUGACAUGGCUCUAAACAUUGCUUCGAUACGGGACACAAAAUGGCUGACCCUGGAAGUGUGCCGGCAGUUUCAGAGAGGGACUUGUUCACGCAGUGAUGAGGAAUGCAAAUUUGCCCACCCACCCAAAAGCUGCCAAGUGGAGAAUGGGAGGGUGAUCGCCUGUUUUGACUCAUUAAAGGGCCGUUGCACGCGAGAGAACUGCAAAUACCUCCACCCACCCGCUCACCUGAAGACCCAGCUUGAGAUCAACGGGCGAAAUAACCUGAUCCAGCAGAAGACAGCGGCCGCCAUGUUGGCUCAGCAGAUGCAGUUCAUGAUCCCUGGCACCACCAUGCAACCUGUGCAGACGUUUCCAGUCAGCCAGGGCCUGGGCUCCAGCGCAGGUUUGAGCUACACACCCUACCUGACUCCCAUGUCCCACAGCAUGGGCCUGGUGCCCACAGACAUCCUGCCCAGCACGCCCGUUAUCGUCCCCGGCAGCCCGCCUGUCUCCGUGACCGCCGGCUCUUCCUCCAGCCAGAAACUGCUGCGUACCGACAAGCUGGAGGUUUGCCGUGAGUUCCAGCGGGGCAACUGUGCACGCGGUGAGACUGACUGCCGCUUUGCUCACCCGAGCGACAGCCCCAUGAUCGACACCAGCGACAACACGGUCACCGUUUGCAUGGACUACAUCAAGAGCCGCUGCUCACGCGAGAAGUGCAAGUACUUCCACCCCCCGGCCCACCUGCAGGCCAAGAUUAAGGCCGCCCAACACCAGGCCAACCAGACAGCUGUGGCUGCGCAAGCCGCUGCCACAGCUGCAGCCAUGACUCAGUCGACUGCCAAAGCAAUGAAGCGACCCCUCGAGGCAACUGUAGACCUGGCGUUCCCCCACGGCGUCCUGCAGCCCCUACCAAAGAGACCAGCACUUGAGAAGAGCAACGGAGCAAGCUCCCUGUUCAACCCCAGUGUUUUGCACUACCAGCAGGCGCUGGCCAACGCACAGCUCCAGCAGCCCGCUUUCUUUCCCACAGGGUCAGUCUUGUGCAUGACUCCUGCUAGCAGUCUUGAUCAUCCUGAAAUAAGUUUCAGGAAGGGAACGGAGUGUCACGAAGCUGCACUGGGAAACCUAAAACAGCCCCUGUGUAAAUACUACCUUACCUCUCCCAUAGAGGUCCAGCAACCUGCAUGCUAAGAGUGUAAACACUUCAAUUUAACCGUAAGAACUGCAGUGCCGGUGUAACACACACAGAAAAAAAAGAUAUAUAUACUGUAUGUAUUGCUAGAAAAAAUAAUUAACAUGAAAAAUUCAAAAAUAUUCUUAUGUAUAGUGCGACAUACAUAGCAGACACACAAUAUAGAGGUCAUUUUAACAACUGUUCUCCCAAAGUACCGUGGAUCCCCUCUCUUUCAUAUUUAUUCUAAAAACCUCUGCACAAUGUUCAUCCCUUUGGUUAGAAAAAAAAGAUGCGUGAUUUGCACUAUAUGAGAAAUAUAGUGCUUAAUGUGGAAGUGGGAAAACAGGAAGUCACAGAAAACCCGUGCACAACCACACCAAUGCACUCGGCGCUUUGAAGAGGGUUUUCAUCUCGCGGUCUUUGCUUUUUUCUCUCUACAAAGUUGAAUGUCCUUGGGGCAGACAGGCUCAUGUUUUCUUAAUGUGACUGUCCCGGCGAGGGUUCGUCUGUGACCCUCAUCUGCCCCAGAUGCUGUUAAGAUGCCAUGAUGAAGCUUAUCCUCCCCUCCCCCCCUGCCAACUUUUCAUCUCCGGAAACAUCUUGCCAAAGUUGCGGCUUGGAAGAGGUCAAUGGAAUCAACCUGCCAGAGUGCAGGGCCACAUUUUAACACCCAGACAAAAUCUUUUCUUUCUUUUUUUUUUGCCAUUGCGAAAGCUGCUCGGAACGCACCCUUUAUUUGUUUGGGUGCUUUGUUUAGGAGGAGUGGUGGGAUAGAUUGUGCACGGAUUUUUGCAUGCAGUCAGGACAGGGAAAGACAGUGCCCAGUGUUGACAGAAGAUAGUCGUGGCCAUUACCACAAAGCCUAAAGGCUCGGGUCUGUGCCAAGGGCUUAACAAAGCUUGAGGGUUUGUUCCAGACAUACCAAGCCUUGUGUGUGUGUGCAUGUGUGUUCGUAUCUGGAGACUGAUGGUCUGCCGGCAGACUGGGACUUGAAGCGAGGUCUAGCAGGUGAUGACAACACCAGGCCUGGUAGGAGAGUUUUUUGAGGGGUGGGUGAGGGAUUUAAGUGCUAAGACUAAACAAAAAACGGUGCAUUUGACGACGCUCGUCAAGCAAAAAGAUAACUUGAACUUCGACUGGAGGGCUAUCUGUGACCGUCGGUUGUCCUGUCCAACCCUACUAUCACCGAUAAUCCUGUUCCAUUUUAGAAAACUGUAGAAGUGCCUAAAAAAUGCUCAUCAACAACACAUGCAUCCAGAGUGUAUCACUAAAAGUCACAGACACAACACACUGGCUGUCAGAAGCUACAUGGGACUUUUCGGGAAAGACAUCACAUUUUGCGAAUCGUUACUGGAAUCAGUUUUUCUAGUAACCGUUCAUUAACAUCACAAGUGACUUUAUCGAAACAAAAGAAGUUAAAGAAACGACAAAUCAAAAAUAGCUUUGUAGAAUGUUUGGUGACUUUCAUGGUGUACCAUUGUUUCUUACCAUGGUUUGAGUAGUUUACAUGAGGAACGUGAGUGAGAAAAAAAUGUAUUGUAAACUGUGUAAUGUAUGUAAAGUGUCUCUUAUUUUGAGAGUUUAUAUUCAUAGUUCUAGAAAUGUAUUCGAAGUUAUUUAAAAUUUGUGUUGUGUCUCCUAUCAAGGUAUGUUUGAAUUCCCCUAAAACCCUCCACCACCUCCAUCUCCCAGAACAAUCAGUUGUUUUUCAGUCAAGAUCAUCAAAAGUUAUUGUAUUAUUUUAGACCAACCCUCUUUAGUCAUUUCAUUUUACAAACAGCGUGUUUGAACUCAUGAUACUAAAUCUUAUUUUCCAUUUUUCAAAAUUCAGAUGUAAUUUCAUGGUGCUUGAUUAACAUUGACAAUCCACAGGCAUACCUUUGGAACAAGAGUGUUUCACUCCGGUUUCACAUUUUGGUUUCAUUCACUUUGAUUGUCUUCACAUGCAUUAUGAUUUGUGUGUAAUAUUUGUGGAAGGUGGUAAAAGUUCUAUUUUGUUGUAAUUUAUCUUAUGUUACUCUUGGUCAAAUUUUAGUCAAAAACAAUGUUGUAAACUAUUCUAUUUUGAAAUGAAUGUAAUUUAUUGAGCUGUGCUACAUUCUGCACGGUUGGUCAUUUAAAGGUCUAACCUGUCAGGUCAGCGAAUGAGAAGUCGCACACGUCUGAGGGGUGGGGUUUAAAAUUCUACUCACCAAUAGAAAGCUACUGGAUCUUUCUUGCCUUCUCAUCGAUAAAAAGAUCACGGUGUUGCAGUAAUGAGCAUAGUUAUAGAGUUGCUUGUGUUGUUGGAAAAAAAAUGUUUAUUGUAUAGAUGACAUUUUACCAAAAAAAGAGAAGAAAAUUUCAAAAAAGAUGUACUUUUCACUCUAGUAAAAUAGUAUUUCAUAACAAUAUUAAGUUGUUGCUGUGGCAACCAAAUGUUGCAAUUACUAAAGUUCGGUAUUUUUGUAAAUGACAUUGUUAAGUUGAUUUUUGUUUCUUUUUGCUAGAACACUGUACACAAGGUAGAUUGUAAAGAAGAUAUGAACAUUUCUUAUUCUUCACUGAGAUUAUGACAAUGACCUAAUAUUUUCAUUAGCGAAUAACAGCCUCCAUAGUGCUGUGACUGUAACACUUAAAUAGAUUUAAAGUCAUCAAUGUUACAUAGAUUAUAUAUAAAUAUAUAUAUAAGAACUAAAUAAUCUAUAAAUUAAUAAGUUCAGAUGUACAGCUCUUCCCCCGACAAAGGACCUUUAGGUUCCACACUGAGACAUUUUAUUCGAGGCGUAUGUAUCACUAGAGUUAAGGAUUGCACUUUUCAUAUUCUUUAAAGAUGUGAUCUGUUUUUCAUUUCCUGCUAGUACAGUAAAUCUGUUUAUCAAUCAAAAGCAGAUACUACCGGUAAAUAACUUUAAUUCAACAUGUUGCAUGGGAAAACAAUAUUUUCUUUUCUUACUAAAUGAUAACGUACUGAAUGUUUCUAGUGAAAAAAAAAAUGUCUGUACACAAAAUGUCCUCAUUAGGUGACCCACGAUGCCCUUGUGUAUGGAAUCCUCUUGAGAUGUAAUGUUUUUUGAAAUGUGUCGGCAAUGAUUGACUGAUGGUAAAAAGAAAAAUGUAAGCACUUUCUGAGCAGUUGGUCAACUGAGCAGACUCAGCUUAUCCAAACACUUUGCCUUAUCUUGAGUCCAUCGUGCUUAAGGUUUUAUGUUUUUAAGAGCUCUUAUGAAAUUUAUGAAAGAGGCUUGAACGGGUCUCUCUUCUCAAAUCCCUCCUCAGUUUCAUUUCAAAUAUAUAUCUUUAUAUCUAAAAUCAUUUUUUAAGGUUUUAAUGUGCGCAUCACAAGGCCAAAAUGGGUGACUGCAACAGAGAGACCAGUCACUGAUCUUUACUUCUGGUCUCCCAAAUCUGUAGUGACAUCUUUUCGUCCCAUUGCCUUACAAUGGAACUGUUUGGAGCGUGUAAUUCACAGCUUUAGCCAGCAGAGGGCACUACACUGGAGACUGCAGGUUAUGACUUGUGACUGCCUGUGCCAUCGUUGUUGCAGUGUACCCUAACAACAAAGUAAAAACAUAAAGAUUAAUUGACAAGAAGACCCUCAUCGGAUUUAUAGUUUCAAUGUAAUCAUUUUUCAAUGUAUUCUUUUUGCAUAUAUUUUGUGCUAUUUUAUGUUUCUAUAGUCAAAUGUUUCUUUGGUUCCAGCAAGAUAGUGUAAAAUCUAUUGAAAGAAAGAAAUAAAGAAAA